AUGAAGACUUCCAUCUCCCUUCUCACUCUCCUCUCAGCCUCCUUCGUGGCAGCAGCUCCAGCGCCUUUCGUGGGCCAGGGACCUGUAGUCGCCGCUGGCACCGAGAAUGUAGUCAUGCCCUCUACAAACUUCGGUCGCCGCGAGGAAGACGUUGUGCAGAAGUUUGGCGAGAAAGCCCUCAAGCUCCGCGGUGCGCUCUUGGCAGCACGCGGUGGCAUGGGCAAAGAUAAUGCUAAUGCCGACGCCGAAGGUGCCAAUGCUGAGGAUGCUGCGGCGGCUGGCAACAAUGGCGCUCAGGACCAGGCUGCACAGGAUGCUGCCGAUGCUGAGGAGGCCGCUCAGGGCAAUGGCAAGGGCAAGGGCAAGAAUGCCGAUAAGCAAGCCGCUCAAGCAGCCAAAGAGCAACAAGCUGCUGCCGAUGCUCAGGCACAGCAGGAUGCUGCCGCCGCCGAGAUGAUGAACCAGGGCCAGGCACAGAAUGCAACCGAGCAGAUGGGAGCAGCAGACCAAGCUGCCGCCGAUCAACAGGCUCAACAGGAUGCUGCUGCGGGCAUGAACCAAGACCAAGCAGAGAAUGCGAACGACCAGCAGGCAGCGGACCAAGCAGCUGCUGACCAGCAGGCAGAGCAGGGCGCCGCCAAAGGUAUGGACCAAGCCGCGGCCGACCAACAGGCUGCUCAGGAUGCCAAGCAGAACCAGGGUGCUAUGGAUCAAGCCGCAGCUGGCCAGCAAGAGGCUGCCAUGGGAGCUGAUCAGGCUGCCGCGGAGCAAGGCAACGGAAAGCAGCAACAGCAACAGGAUGCCAUGGACCAAGCCGCAGCCGACCAGCAAGCCGCUCAACAGCAGGAGGGUGCUAUGGGAGCCGACCAGAAUGCUGCACAGCAAAAGGGAGGCAUGAACCAAGCCGCAGCUGAUCAGCAAGCCGCAGCCGAUGAGCAAGCCGCACAGCAGCAAGAUGGCGCCAUGGGAGCCGCCGAGCAGGACAAGGCACAGCAGCAACAGCAGGAGCUCGAGCAGGCCGCCGCCGAGCAGAUGGCCGCUCAGCAGCAAGCCGACCAGCAGCAGAAGGAGAAGGACCAGGCCCAGAUGGCAGCAGACCAGGCUCAGAUGCAACAAGAUGCCGCCAACGGCGCCAACGGCGCCAACGGAAUGGACCAAGCUGCCGCUGAUCAAGCUGCCGCUGACCAAGCCGCUCAAGCUGGAAACGCUACUGGAGUCGUUGACGCUGGAGCCGCCGCCGGAGCCGCCGCCAAUGGUACCGAGGCGAACAACGACAACGGCAAGGGCAAGGGCAAUGGCAAGAACAACGGCAAGGGCAAAGGAAAGGGAGAGGGCAAGGCCAACGGCAAGAACAACGGCAACAAUGGCGUUGGACAGCUCCUCCAGGAAGCCGAAGCCGCUCUCCAGGCUGGUGGACAGCAGGGUCAACAGCAGGGUGGAGCCGGCGGUAUCGAGGGCCUCCUCAGCAGCCUCCUCGGUGGCGGUGCUGGAGGUGCCGGAGCUGGUGCUGGAGCCGGCCAACAGAAGGCUGGUGGCAUCGCAGGCCUCGACUUGAGCAGCCUCGGCAUCGGACGCCGCUCGAAGAGGACCACCUUCCGCGCUUAG